CCUCACAGACUUGGCGGGAGCCGCAGGCUCGGCUCGGUUUGGCAGGCGCGGAUGGCCACGGUGCCUGGACCUGCCCACUAGCCGAAUACCAUGUCUCGAGAGGGAGGAUCAUGCCGCCUGGGCACGGGGCCCAAGGUACGGUCACGGAAGCCCAAGAAACCGCACUACAUCCCUCGGCCCUGGGGCAAGCCAUACAACUACAAGUGCUUCCAGUGCCCCUUCACCUGCCUGGAGAAGUCACACCUGUACAACCACAUGAAGUACAGCCUCUGCAAAGACUCCCUCUCACUGCUGCUGGACUCCCCUGACUGGGCGUGCCGCCAUGCACCCUCCUCACCCAGGCCCCGGGUGCCCACCCCUGACUGCCCCAGGGAUCCUCCAGGCCCUGGUACCCAGCCCUCUGUGCCCAAUCUUGUCACUGACAGCCUCUCCAGGCGUCACUGUGGUGGGGGCUCCAAGCCUGGGGCGGAAGGGUCCCCGGGGCCACUGCCCUCUCUGAUUAGGGCCUCCCGGAAGGGUCCAGGCCCUGCUGGGCUCCUGGUAGAGUCAUGGAAGCCAGGGCUGUGUACUGGCCCAAGGAACAUGGCCCUGGGGGUGGUGGGGGCCAUGACCUCAGCAGGUCCCGAGACCAAUGUCUCCUGCUACCCACCUCCUCCUCCAGGCGACCUCCCUGAGGCCCACAGCCUCCACCUGUCUCUGCUGGGUGUCAACUACCCUCUUGGCCCGGGUCUCUUCUCCUACCUGGGGCCCUCACUGGCUGCUGCUGCUCACAUGCCCUUCCUGGCCUCGGCCAGCCCCCUGCUAUCCCCAGCCACUGCUAUGCCAUCCCAGCAGCCCCCUGAGCACCAGACCCUGACCCCCCGCCUGUACUAUCCGCUGUUGCUAGAGCACAGAGUAGGGCUGCCCCCAGGCAGGGCAGCCCCGGCCAAGCCCUCUGUGCCCCCCAAGGGGCCCUCUGGGACUCUGGCUCCUGAGCUGCUGAAGGUGCCCAUUCCAGGGCUGCCCAGGACCUGGGCCCACAGCACCCCUAGGAACCCAGGGCAGGAGGGAGAGCUGGAGGGAGCUGCCCAGAGUGACCCCCAGACGAGGCUGCCUCCAGGGAACAGGCUGGAGCUCCAGAAGGCCUCCUCAAGCCUGGCAGAGUUCUGUCCCCAGAGCAGCCUGUCGACUGGCUCUUCCCUGAUGCUCUGGCCUGAGGACAAGGAGCUGAGUGACCCUGAGGCCCUGGACCCAGAGGUCCCCCUCCGCCAGCAGCCACAGGGCCUGGUGCUGGCUAGUGCAGGGCCUGUGGGAAAGGACCUGAGCCGGGCCCUGGGUGACUACGCCAGGGUGGAGCAGUGCCUGGGGCAACUGGCCCCAGGUGGAGGCCUGGCCCCCCGACCUCUGCGGGAGCAGCUGAGUAAAAUCCGCAGGGAGCUUCUGACUAUUCACCAGGCCCUGGAGCAGGCGGCACAGCCACCGGACACGCCCCUCGACCUCUCUCUGAAACGGGUGGCCACCGAGGGACCUGAGGCCACAGCAGGGUCCUGGGCGCUACCCAAGCUGGGCCCCACUUUGGCGGGGGUGCCCCCUGAGCCCCCAAGCAUGCUGGGUCCUGCGGCGCCUCAGCCUUUCUCUGGCCACACCACCAAGUGCGAGGCUGACUCCAGUGUCCCACCCCCUGGGCUUCCCUUCCAGGGCCCCGAAGACCCUGUCAUUCUUGGCGGUGGCUGGAGCACCUGUGUCAGGGCUGGGGGCUCCCAGACCCCUAAGGAUGUCCCUGGUCUGAAGAGUCCCCCAAGUGUUGAGGUCUGACCAUAGCCCCCUUAGCUUGCUGACCGUGCUUCCCAACCCCAGCCCCACUGCCUGGGCCUGUCCAGCCUCAGCAUGCAUGUAGAUGGAUCUUAAGCCCAUGAUAAGGCUUGUUUCUGGGACCACAUGGGAAUAGUUGGGUCAUGGUUAUUUAUUGAUCACAGUUGUGGACAUUAAAGUGGAAGUCACCUUCAAAAACCUUGCCUGGGCCACCUUCCUUUCUCCUAUAUCCAGAAGCAGUACUGGACCACUCCAGGAAACGUCCCUGACCUAGGCCUCUAG